UCUACCCUCUCGUUCCCAUCGACCCCGCGAGCUCCGACCCACGCUAAUUCACAGCGCGACGCGCGAACACUCGCGAUACCGGUACCGACUUACUUAAAAUUCGCCUGACCCUUACGCUCCUUCCCAGCUGAGUGGUGACAUAAUCGAUGCAAACCGUUUAUUCACAAAGCGCCUUCUAAUUAAAUAGUAAUAAGCAGAAGCACAAACGAGCCUUAGUGUAGUGGUAGUGAAGUGAUCGUCAAGAUUGAGGUGGUCGGGUGCGGUUGGGGCAGGCGAGCGCGCGUGCGUCCGCUGGGCGGGGGCCGAGCGGGCAUGUUGCCCACGCAGCGGUCGCAAUCCUGUAACGAGGAGGGCGCUUUUUUCGGCGCCCGCGCGCUACGCCGGCCGCGAGGCAAAGGCAGCGGAAGUCCGCCCUGCUAGGGGUACGCCAUGUCGCUGCGCAGCCUGCAUCGGAGGUUGUCCUCCGCCAAUAACACAUGCGAGGAUGGUGGAGGCGGCGCGGCGACAGGCACGGGAGGGCGAACAGCGUCGCUGCGACUGGCCAACGGGCGAGUUGCAGCGCAGUCGGCGGAACAUCUACCCCACUCGCCAGACUGUGCCUCCGUGCGGAUAUCCAUGGACAACACAAAUACAUGCUGCACGGAUUCGCUCGUCACAGCCUUAGAUGAUGAGACGCUGUUACUCGGCGACGCCGAUAUGUCGCUGAAACAAGGCAGCGGCACCGGCAAGGUCCAUUUUGGUGGUCUGGACGAUGUGUCUUUAUACGGCACACCCGUGGAGCCAGCCCCCCCAGCCUCGGACGCCAAACAGGGCUUUCUUCGGAACCAGCUACAAGCGCUCUUUCAGCCCACCGACAACAAACUAGCCAUGAAACUCUUUGGCUCCAAGAAAGCGCUGAUGAAAGAGCGGAUCAGGCAGAAGGCGGCUGGCCAUUGGGUUAUACACCCCUGCAGUAGUUUCAGAUUUUACUGGGACCUCUGCAUGCUGCUGUUGCUGGUGGCCAAUCUGAUCAUUCUGCCUGUUGCCAUUUCCUUCUUCAACGACGACCUCAGCACGCGGUGGAUAGCUUUCAAUUGUUUAUCCGACACUAUAUUCCUUAUAGAUAUCGUUGUUAAUUUUAGAACAGGAAUAAUGCAGCAAGAUAAUGCAGAACAAGUGAUAUUAGAUCCCAAGUUAAUAGCGAAGCACUAUUUAAGGACGUGGUUCUUCCUGGACCUCAUCUCUAGUAUACCACUAGAUUAUAUAUUCUUGAUCUUCAAUCAGGUAAACGAUUUUAGUGAAAGCUUUCAAAUACUUCACGCUGGCCGUGCCCUGAGGAUACUACGGUUAGCGAAACUUCUAUCUUUGGUGCGACUUCUACGAUUAUCAAGACUGGUCCGAUAUGUCUCACAAUGGGAGGAAGUCUAUAUCUUGCAGAAUCUACAAAAAAAGCGCACGGAACGGAGGGGACGGCUCAGCUCUGACGUUGCCAAAAAGAAGGGUGACACGAAAAGCAAUCUGAUAUUUAAGUUCCUCAACAUGGCAUCGGUAUUCAUGCGGAUAUUCAAUCUGAUCUGCAUGAUGUUACUUAUCGGCCACUGGUCUGGCUGUCUACAGUUUCUUGUGCCUAUGCUCCAAGGAUUUCCACCUAAUUCAUGGGUGGCAAUAAACGAAUUACAGGAAGCCUUUUGGCUAGAGCAAUACUCGUGGGCGUUGUUUAAGGCAAUGUCUCACAUGCUAUGCAUCGGGUAUGGCCGCUUUCCCCCCCAGUCCUUAACGGACAUGUGGCUGACGAUGCUCUCCAUGAUCUCUGGUGCUACCUGCUACGCCCUAUUUCUGGGUCACGCAACUAACCUCAUUCAAAGUCUUGACUCUUCACGUAGACAAUAUCGAGAAAAGGUGAAACAAGUAGAAGAGUACAUGGCGUACCGCAAGUUGCCUCGGGAGAUGCGCCAGCGCAUCACAGAGUACUUCGAGCAUCGGUACCAAGGCAAGUUCUUUGAUGAGGAACUGAUUUUGGGCGAACUAAGCGAGAAGCUGCGAGAGGAUGUCAUUAACUACAACUGUCGAUCGCUCGUUGCAUCGGUGCCUUUCUUCGCUAAUGCAGAUUCCAACUUUGUGUCGGAUGUUGUCACGAAGUUGCGUUAUGAAGUCUUCCAGCCUGGUGAUAUUAUCAUAAAAGAAGGAACUAUCGGGAAUAAGAUGUAUUUUAUACAAGAAGGAAUAGUAGACAUCGUCAUGGCAAACGGCGAAGUGGCGACCAGUCUCUCGGACGGGUCCUACUUCGGAGAGAUUUGUCUACUGACGAACGCAAGAAGAGUCGCCUCCGUCCGCGCCGAGACUUACUGCAAUUUAUUUUCACUAUCCGUGGACCACUUUAACGCAGUGUUAGACCAAUAUCCCCUGAUGCGACGCACGAUGGAGAGCGUCGCCGCGGAGAGAUUGAACAAGAUCGGCAAGAACCCUAACCUCGUGGCGCAUCGGGAAGACGACACGACGUCGGAAGGGAACACGAUAAACGCUGUCGUCAAUGCGCUGGCAGCUGAGGCCGAGCAUGUGAGUCUGUCAGACGACAGCGUGGCGAGGUUGUCGGAGCGGUCCCUGGGAUUGGCGCUGCAGCCUUUGCAGGCCGCGUCGUGCCGUAUGGCGGGCGUGGCGCUGCCCGGGCUCGGCGUAGCGGCAGCCCUGCCUCGACCCAAGUCAGAGCACGACUUCAGCUCGGCGCAGGGGCAGCCGGCUACGCUGUCGGGCACGGCGGCCUUUCACAAAUCGGACGCGGGGCUCGCCCCCUGACGCCGCACCCUGACGUAGGCCACUCGGCCCCCCGAUAGCAAUACUAGGCUUAGAGCGAGCGCUCGACGCCGCUAAGUAGCAUAGACGAGUAUUAGCUGCGACUUCGCCGGGCGAACGCGCCCGCCGAAUCUCAUUUUGUGAUCUUAUACUUAAUUCUCCUGUGUUAUUUAGGUUAAAUUUUAUAUCAUUGACGCUGUGACGAAUACGACGUAUUCCGAUUGUAUAGAUACUGUUAUAUAUUGAAACUAUCGAGUCUUAUAGAGAUACCUUGCCACUAAAAAGAAAAUUAUAUAGACUAGACUGAAAUGUAAAGAUAUCACUAUUUUAUGCUUUGUUGGCGUCGACCAUUGUUGACGGUCGAGGGACGUCUGUGGAAGGAGUUUAUCGUUCCCGAUAGAGACGAUAACGGAGAUUAUAUUGAAGUUGUUAAAUAUUUAUUAUUACUUUUAACGUUUGAUCUUAGAGACGUGUAGUUGCGGGCACAUUUGCUUUUUUGUCCAAAAACUUUAGAAAGAAAGCAUUUAAUGUGCCAUAUCUGUAUGUGAAAAAACAAUUCUUGAAAUGCAGAGAUAAUCCAACUAAGUUGAUUCAAUAUAUAUUACUAACACGUACACAGUAACAGCAAUAUAUUAAUAAUGUAACAAUACUGUUACAAUACAUAGUUUUAAAGUGAACAAUGUUAUAACUAUUAUGAAAUACUGUUAUAUUGUAUAAAAUUUUAUUUUCAUAUCCAAUUUUAUCUUACACUUAUUACCAUUAUCCUACUCUUAAAUUAACUUUAAUUUUAAGGCCAUUUGAUUUAUUGGGUGACAUUUUAGGUGUUACAGUCAUAUUAUUAAAUUAUAAUCUAAUAAAAAUCGUUAUUAAUAACAAAAAAGCAAAUGUGUAAGCAACUUCUUCGUGCGCAAGGCCUAAAACUAAGCGAUCUUCAAACCGGACACAAUAAAAUUUGCGUAAAUUAAAACUAGUAGUAUAUCUAAAAGAUUGGUUACUCGGAGAUCGGCUUAUGACUAUUAAAUAAUAUUUAUUGUAUUCUUUAAAUACCCACAAAAGCGUUUUCGAUUGUCUAUGUGAGCCUUUUGACACCAACUGAUUCAAUCACGUGAUUUGACAGUUGCAAAGCAUUUCGCGUCUACGAGAAGUAAGCUUAGACAGGCCCUGCGCACUCAAAAUCGAUGCACAAUUUCGAUUCUGUAGGUCACCAUUGCUUCCUUUGUUACGACACGUAGCCGGUUCGAAUUCUUGGUUUCCUAAGUAGAGUGGAAUCAGUAGCGCUUGAAUUUAUGUAAAUAUUGUAAGUACGAGAAGCCUUUUAGCGGUAUUAUUUUAUAGAGGUAUACGGACAGUGGUCCAGUCAAUUAAAGCGAGGCGCGGUACAGCGUAAUGAUGCACACUACACUUGGUACCUUAUAUUAAUUGUAGGUAAUUAAUUUAUUAACGAUAGUGAUCAUUUCGUAGGUUUAAGUAGGCCCGAACGGUAACAAAUUCAGACGAAUUAUGUUGUGAUAGCGCAGCUGGGCUGCGACGUGCUGCCUAAUGUAAUAUCAGUACGUUUUUCUUUAAGAUACAUCUGUAAGUGACUUGAUUCCGUAUUAGCUAUAGCGGACUGCGGCCGGGUUUGGUUGGUAGAAUUUUUGCAAUGCAAUACUAAAAUAAGUUCACUAGAAUUCGGUGGUACAAUGUAUGGCACAUACGAAAUCAUGGGCUGCCGUAGAAAUUCCAUAAGUGUAAACAGUUGUGGCAAAAAUUUGUAUGAAACUGACAAGUCACGCUUAUCACGAGACCAUUCAUACAAAUCGUCUCCGCGCGUUAAUCCAAACGCAGUAUGAACAUUACUAUAACGGUUCAGAUAUCGUAGGAGUAUUGUGGAAUGUCUAAAGAAUGUAAUGAAAUAACUAUUGACGCCGGCUCGGCGAUACCCGACACCGUAGCGUAAGAUAUAGCUCAAAUGCAUGGAUAAUGCUUUCACUUCUUACUAAGACUUUAAUUCUGCCUUUAUUAGCUAUAUAUUUCCGUCUACAGUAAGCUCUUAGAUAUUUUUGCAACCGCUUAUCGAAGUUUUGAUAGCAAUAGAUUGCAACGAUAUUUUUGGUUAGACUAGAUUAGCCGUUGAGCCGACCGCCGCCGGCGCCGUUUCCUUGGCACGUAUCGUCGUUGAAUAAUUCUUAUAGUGUCAUGACAAUUUGUAAAAAAAAUUGCAAUUGUUGACUUUUUAGCCAAAAUAUAGAUAAUGAAUGACGAACCAACACGCAGUAGCUUACUAGUAGAUGAAUGCAGCCUAGUUCUCAGUUUUGGCAAAUAACACCGGUAGGUACUUUGUACUUGUAAGGAAUUUAUACGAUUGACUUUAGAGUGACGUUCGGUCUAUAUAUCAAGAGUAAAAUAAUAUUUGUUCGAUUUCCAGAAGCAUUUACUUAUUGUUACUUUCCUAACAUUGAUGCUUUUUGUAAAGUAUAUAAAUUUUAUAGAAGAGAUCUAUUUUUAUUGAAAGUUGAGCUACUGGUUAAAAUAAUACAGAUAACUAUAUGAAUGAAAGAGAUUUUUUUUAUCUGGACUGUUAAUUAGUGUAUAAUUAUUAUAAUUAAAUUAUACUGAUUUCUGGUAUCUAUUUUCACCAAAAGUGCUCAUCGCUGUCAAGAAAAUUAGAGAAAAUGCAUUAAAAGAAUGAAGAAAAUCA